AUGAAUUAUUGCACUAAUGUUUAUAUAAUGGUUACCUCCGAAACUAAGACACAUACUUUCGAUUUUAGUAAUAUAUUUCCCCAAUGUACAAAAGAUUUUAGAUGGAUCAAUUUUACUCCUAAUGAUCAUGUUGCGCACAAGUUAACAAAUCUGUGUAGUGAUUUUAACCUAAAUCAUAGGAAUAGUGAGAAUUCUGCUGAAUUUAGCCAAAGAUGUCAACUUGUUACUUAUUAUUUAGAGCAUAUAAGAAAAAAUAAAGAAAAAAUAAAUGUAGAACCAUGUUGUAAGUAUUUCUUUUACAAGCUCAAAGGUCUGUUCAAUGCAUAUCGUAGCUAUUGUGGAAGCACUAAAUUGUGUUAUGAAAAAAUGCAGAGAUUAAGCAGUGAUAUGGAAUUCAAAGAUGUUAUUUCUCCAUUGUUUUCGUUAUGUGAUAGUAAUAUUAGUGACGCUGUUGAAGAGAUAUUUCCUAUAUUUGAAAAGAUUGAUUAUACAUAUGAUAAUUUAAGCUUAUUAUUAAGUGACAAGAGAAAUCCAUCAGAUUCGAAAUUUAAAAAUUUUAAAAGUGGUGUGAAUGAUUUAGAACGAAUUCAUCAUAAAUAUAACGACAGUUUUAAAGAAUUACUUAUACUUUUUAAUAAGUAUUAUUUAGAUUAUGUGAACGGGUUAAAUCCAGAUGAUCGCUCUCUAUAUGCAUUCUUGAGUUAUCGCCGUAAAGCUGGAGAUAUGACAGGAGUAUUGAGAGUAAUAGGUAAAAAGCCACAAACGCAUGCAAUAACAGGUA